UGCGCGCAGGCGCAGUCUCCUGGCGGCCCAAGAUGGCGGCUGUGUGCGCCUCACGCUGGCUGAGGGAAGCGGCGGCGGGCGGAGGGGAGGCGCGGCGGCGGCGGGGAGGGCUGCUGCUGCUGCUGGUCCGGUGGCUGAGCGGAGGCCCCGGAGGGCCCCUCACGCCUCGCCCGGCCUUGGCGCCGCGCCUCGCCGGGGGCAGCUGCUGGGGAAGGCCCUGCCGCCCUCUUCUCGCCCCCGCGGCCUCCUUUCACUCCAGCCCCCCCGGCUGCGCCAAGGACGACUUCUACCAGGUUCUGGGGGUGCCUCGGAGCGCCAGCCAGAAGGAGAUCAAGAAGGCCUAUUACCAGCUUGCCAAGAAGUACCACCCCGACACUAACAAAGACGACCCAAAAGCGAAGGAGAAGUUUGCCCAGUUGGCUGAAGCCUAUGAGGUCUUGGGCGACGAAGUGAAGCGGAAGCAGUACGACGCUUAUGGGGCAGCUGGCUUUGACCCAGGCUCAGCGGGCACCGGGCAGCAGUACUGGCGAGGCGGCCCCUCCGUGGAUCCUGAAGAGCUCUUCAGGAAGAUCUUUGGGGAGUUUUCGGGGUCCCCUUUUGGAGACUUCCACACUGUCUUUGACCAGCCCCAGGAGUAUGUAAUGGACCUGACGUUCAGUCAGGCCGCAAAGGGUGUCAACAAAGAGAUUGCGGUCAACAUCAACGACACCUGCCAGCGAUGUGACGGCAAAGGGCAUGAGCCAGGCACCAAAGUGCAGCACUGCCACUACUGCAACGGCACAGGCAUGGAGACGAUCAACACAGGCCCCUUUGUCAUGCGCUCAACAUGCCGGCGGUGUGGCGGGCGCGGUUCUGUUAUUACCACCCCCUGCGGGGUUUGUCGCGGCACUGGCCAGACCAAACAGAAGAAGACGGUCAUGGUCCCAGUUCCAGCAGGAGUUGAGGAUGGGCAGACUGUUCGCAUGCCUGUUGGAAAGAAGGAAAUUUUCAUUACCUUCAGGGUUCAAAAGAGUUCUGUGUUCAGGAGGGAUGGUGCAGAUAUUCACUCGGACCUCUACAUCUCGAUAGCCCAAGCUGUUCUUGGAGGCACAGCCAGGUCACCGGGUCUGUAUGAGACCAUCAGUGUUGCGAUACCUCCCGGCAUUCAGGCUGACCAGAGGAUCCGGGUGAGCGGGAAGGGCAUUCCCAGAGUUAACAGUUAUGGUUAUGGAAACCACUACAUUCAUAUAAAGAUCAGAGUUCCCAAGAAAUUGACAGACCGCCAACGAACUUUGAUGCUGAGCUAUGCGGAGGAUGAAACUGAUGUGGAAGGGACUGUGACUGGCAUUGCAAACACCACAACUGGUGGCAGGGAUGCAGCUAGACCGGGGGCAGACACGGAGAGGCCUGAGGCAGGGGACGCCUCGGAGGGGUUCCUAGCUAAACUUAAGAGAAUGUUUAGCUCCUGAUUAACCCCACCUAGAGGCAAACGUUCUGCUGGAAACUAGACGCAGGCGACAGCAGUCUGGUGGCAGAGGUGUCCUUUUGGAGGUGCAGGAAACCCGGCACAGCCCAGCAAGACUCCUAGACAGACACCCCACUCUCUGGCUUGGUGUGACAUCUGCGCUGAGGAGGCAGAGGCAGAGGAGGGCUUUGGCUGCUUCAGAAGUAAAAGCACAGAGGGGGCCAUCUCCAUCUGCAGCGUUAGCCGUAGGAACUGCAAAGGAUUCUUGGGUUCUCCUGUGCUGGAAGAGACAUCUUGGGUCUUCCUGCUUUUCUGGACAGAUGCAAAGUGCUGCAUGGUGGGAACCUGAGCUCCAAAAAUAAAAAGUGUACACUUAGCUUAAUAUGAAGUUCUGCUAUCCAAAAGUUUUGAUGAGCCCCACAGAAAGAGCCCCCAAGAUCCCCCAGGCUUUGGAUGUGCUCAGCCUUCUGGCUCAGGAGAGACCGGGGGCAGGGGGGGUAUCACAGGCUUCCUGUCUUGUGUGCAGGAGGCCCUUUGGCUGUGGAGCUGCAUGGCUCACUUUCAUGGUUGUUCUAGCAGCUGACCUUUCCCUGCAGGAGGGGCAUGCAGGGGAUUGAUUUUCUGUCAGAAGGCCUUGUUUAAAACUCACCUGAACUGGUGAUCCCCUUUACUCUAUCUAGAAGGGUUGGAGUGCAAGUUGCCCAUCUCUCUUGGGCUCUUGUGUAGCCAACCAGCUCUUCUGUGGAGACGGCCAUAGCUGGUGCAUGUGCGCACGCCAACACCCAGAGGCCAGGCCCCAUUGUUUUGACUGCAUGUGCAUGACAGCAGUGGAAACAAGGUUGCUGCUGUGAGAAACCCUCUUGUCACUUGUCCCUUAGUGUUGUGUUACGCUCCUGACCCGAGAGCAGUUACCAGGGACAGAGCAGGAACCAACAACCAAGGGGCCUGUGAAAGAAAUUGCUCUGUAGUUGAGCCGGUGAAUGCCCGCAAGGCUGGCACAAGUCUGCUGGGGCUGCAGAGACUGUCACUGGUCCCAUCCCCACCAGAUUGUUAACCUAGAGCCUCUUUCCCCCACUUCACUUGGGUUGCCUCCUGGUUCAUUUGGCCUGUGAGUUGGCUCUGUACUGCUGUAAUGAGAAGUCUGCUAUAAAGAAGUUUAGAAUCUG